UCAGCAUCCAAGCAGCUGUAGUGACCGUGGAAACCGGUCUGUAUCGUGUUCUUACGCGAGUUGCGCAACUGUCGUAAAAGCCGAAGCAUUGUAACUUUUGGCGCCAAUCGAGCGAAAGGCGAUAUAUAUUCACGAUCUACAAUAAAUAUCUACAAGAUGCCUCCACGGAGAGCGAAGAAACGGACUGCUGAAGAUCCAACGAAUACGGAAAAAGCGCCGAAGCAAAUCAAGAAAAAGCCAGAUGUAAUUAUAAAACCCGACUUACAAUCACUCACGACGGGUGGUGUUAUACUUGUGUUUGGACAAGGAGAUGUUGGACAACUUGGUUUAGGAGAGGAUGUUGUUGAAAAAAUGCGUCCAGCAGUCAUACCAGAUCACCAAGAUAUUAUAGCAAUAGCAGCUGGUGGUAUGCAUAAUAUAUGCUUAAAGAAAACAGGAGAUAUAUUGACUUUUGGCUGUAAUGAUGAGGGAGCACUUGGACGAGAUACCAGCAAAGAAGGCUCUGAGACAGUACCAGGUACAGUUGAAUUACCUGGUAAAGCCAUUCAAGUAACAGCAGGAGACUCGCAUAGCGCAGCUUUGUUAGAAGAUGGCAGAGCUUUUGCUUGGGGUUCAUUUAGGGACUCACAUGGUACCAUGGGAUUAACAUUAAAGGGAAACGAGCGACUUCCAAUAGAAAUAUUACCUAAUAUAAAAGUAGUAAAAAUAGCAUCGGGUGCUGAUCAUUUAGUGUUACUUAGUGAAAGUGGACGUGUAUAUACCUGCGGAUGUGGAGAACAGGGACAACUAGGAAGAGUAGCCGCACGAACGGCUAGUAGAAAUACCCGACAGGGAAUGGGCCCACUAUUAACACCAAGCCUGGUUGAAUUCAAAGUUAGUAAGAAGCUUGAGUUCGCCGAUAUAUGGGCAGGAACUUAUUGUACAUUCGCCAAAGAAAGCCAAAAAGGGGAUAUAUAUGUAUUUGGUCUAAAUAAUUAUUAUCAAAUCGGUUUAAAGGAUGCCGCCACUCAUUUUCACCCACAAAUGUCGAAAACAUUUAGUGGUAAAGUAUGGAAACAUAUCAGUAGUGGACAACACCACACCAUCGCUUUGGAUGACGAGGGGCAAGUUUUCGUAAUGGGUCGCAAAGAAUAUGGCCGUCUUGGUCUUGGAACUAAUUGUACGGACGCAAAAGAGUUGACACUAGUCCCUGCUUUAAGUUCCGCUAAAUGCAUCCAUGUAGGUGUAGGUAGCGCACAAUCGUUUGCAGUUACAGAAUUAGGUGAACUAUACUCGUGGGGUAUGGGCACCAGUGGACAACUUGGCACAGGGGAGGAAGUUGACGUUGAAGAACCGAUAUUAGUUAAAGGAAGACAAUUGGAUGGCAAGACCGUGGUACGUGUCACUGGCGGCGGUCAACACACAUUGGCUUUGGCAACUGUCCGUCCAGUGAAAGAUAAAACCGCCGGUUAACAUGAAAAUAAAACUGCAUGGAUAUCAAUGUGUGAUACUUAUGUGUAAAAAUAAAUCGAACCUCUUUAUACUUAUUUUCUAAUAUAUUAUAUUCAUGACAUCUUGAAAUAUUGGACAUUUGAAGAUGUUUACUGUUCGUUAAUUGGGCAGAAAAGAAAAGUUGAUUUAUUUCUACUACUUUUACAUAUUGGUAUCAUGCCACAAAGUAGAAGUAUGAUGAAAAAAAAUAUAAAUUUUUCAUUAAGUUUCGGUUUCUUCUCUGAAAUUACAAUAUCGAAAUUUGUACAUAAUCUGUCGUGCUGCCAUGGAUAUUAUCAUCAUGUUUGUGACAAUUAAUAUUAAUUACUUGAAUUUGCCUUAUUUUUACCUUACUAUUGCUUACAUAUGUAUUCCUAGUAAAUAAACUGUUCGAUUUACGGAUCAAGAAUUGUGUCUAAGAAAGCAUACAUAACACAUACAUACACAAGUAAGUACUUUGGAAGGACGAGAGAUUAUAUUUUGAAUAAUCAGAAGAAAUGUUAAAUAAUGUAACAAAUCAUCACGAGUAUAAUGAAACUUAUGUUGCUUAAGUUUGACAAAGAAUAAAUGUAAAAUUUGCCAUUAUAA